CGACGAACUAAUCCAAAACGCCGGCGAUUCUCGACGACUUCCUGCCCAUCCCGCUAAUCGAACUCACUUCCGUUUUCCUCCGGGAACCACCGACGACGCGAGGAACAUGGCUGGCGGUAGCGCGGACGUACAGUUCGGCGUCCGCGCCUUCAGCAAGAUGAUCAUGCACUGCCUCAAGUACCCACAGAACUCCGUCAACGGAGUCCUACUAGCCGACGAGCGGCGCAGGGCGGGAGACCAGGCAUCGUCUCAGCUACACAUCGUAGACAGCGUGCCGCUGUUUCACCAGUGCCUAGGACUGACGCCGAUGCUAGAAGUGGCGCUCGUUCAAAUCGACCAGCACUGCAAGAACGCCGGCCUCGUGAUUGCGGGUUACUACCAGGCUAACGAGCACCUCAGGGACUCGGCGCCCGACCAGAUCGCGCUACGGGUCGCGGACAAGGUGGCCGAAAACUUUGCCGACGCCUGCCUGGUCAUGAUCGACAACCAGUUGGUAUCGCUCGACUGCGACAAGGCUCCUGUCGUCGUGUACGCGAACCAGGACGGCCGCUGGCGCGAGAGGCCCUUUGCGCUCGCCGAGAAGACGUUGGACGUGACGUCGUCCCUGUGUCGGGCCAAGGCGUACCGUGCGCUCGCCGACUUCGACAACCACUUGGACGACAUCCGAAGGGACUGGUGCAAUUUGGAGAUUAACGAGGAGAUCGCCAGGUGUCUCUAGUUUUCCUCCUCGCGGAGUUGACGAAACGACCACCAGAUGUCCCUAGUUGCCUGUUGCGUUGCGACUGUGCGGGUUUCGUACGAACAUUUUUUUUUCUUUAUUUCGUUGGUGGUGUUAGUGCAAGAAGGGGUCAAAGCACGGUAUGUGAUACCCCACGUUGGGUGUACGGUUUUUUGUUUAUUUUGGAAAGGUUGACAGCUUGUGAAGGCGUCGCGUUCAAGGCGUGGUACCGCAUUUGCUCGUGCUCAACUGCGGCUACGGCGUGAGUUGCCUCCGAAUGGUGGUUUUCGAAUCCGUCUGCAACUUGAAACCGUAGUUCCUUUGUCAUCAUUUUGCUUUUGCACUGGCAUGUAGCGUAGUGAUGACGCCUGAGCACGUAGGUUGCAAAAAAUAAAAGAGCUCUACUUAAAUUACUGGUUUGAACGCAUUAAGUCAAAGAUAACUUACACCUAUUGGCGAAUUCCGGCACUGAAUACUACAGGCUUGAUUGCAAAUUUCGUUGUAGUUAAGCCAGCGCCGGGCAAAAGUUGCGGGCGAAUGCGCAUCUCGGACAGAAUCAAAAGGACAAAACAUUGCAUUUCUCCUAAAAAAAAGACACGCCUUGUGGAAUUUCAUCUGUGCUUAUGUACGCGCCGCAUUGUCAGGUUGAUUGUCAGUUGGACUUGUUUCCCCAAAUAACUUUUGUUCCCAGAUAUUAAAAUGAAAGGCACUGCUA